GACACGCCCUCCCGCACGAGACUGGCGUGACGACGACAGGCGUCGUAACGGCGGGGGCCGGCGCGACGAUGGAGCCGGAAGUGGUCAUGACGCUCAUCCUCACGAUCAUCAUCGUCAAACUCAUCCCCAUCAUGGGUCUGACACGCGAGCCGGAUUGCAUAACGCUCCUUGGCGUGCCGAGGGACACGGAUCUGGCAACGGAGCUGGGCCACAUACCGGAUCUAGGUCUGAUUAUGGACACGGGUCAGGCGUGCGAGAUGGACGACAUACCGGAUCUAGGUCUGAUUAUGGACACGGGUCAGGCGUGCGAGAUGGACGACAUACCGGAUCUAGGUCUGACUAUGGACACGGAUUUGACAAGGGAGCUGGACGACAUACCGGAUCUAGGUCUGACUGUCGAGACGGAUCUGGCGUGCGAGAUGGACCACUUGCCGGAGCUAGGUGCGAUUAUGGAGCUGGAUGUGACGAGCGAGCCGGACGAGAUAGUGGAGCUGGAUAUCAUCAUCGAGAUGGCUCUGACCAGCGAGACGGACGAGAUAACGGAGCUAUACGUGACCAUGGCACUGGACUUGGACACGGUGGAGCUGAGGAAGCCGGAGCUUGAGGUCAACUCCGUGGACAUGAACAGCUUCAAGACUGCGAGUGGCGAGGUCGUGGACGACGAGGGUCCGUUCCAGUUUCUUGGUUACUCCUUGAAUGGCCAGCUCUUCCGGUUGAACGGGCGCCUGGCGGACAUCCACAAGCCGUUGGUGUCGGCAGGCAAAGUCACGGAGAAUUGCAUGAUCAUCUUGAAGGAGCACACCGGCCACGUGAUCCCUAGGACGAGUAACCUUGCCAAGAAGAUCAACGAGGUGAUCCAGAGCGAGUUGGAGGCGUCACCGAAGCAGGAGCUGCUGAAGCUGAAGAAGGAGAGAGGCGUGUACAACUUCUACCUGAACAAGAACGACGGCACGAACGAGCUGUGGAAGUUCAACCUGGACACGGGCGCUGCGUGCACGGUGUUCCCGACUAAAUGGGCGAAGCCGGACGACGACGCUUCGAGGUCAAAGCGGGAGUUGGCUCCCAUGGAGGCUGCGGCGGCCAAUUCUUCGGCUCCGGCGGGGGGCCGGAGGCAGGUGGUGGAGGACGACCCGGAGAGCACGGAGGCGAUUCCGGAGAUCGUCACGGAUUACUUCUACAUGGGCGAGGAAGAGAAGGCUGCGACGCACGUUUUCAUCAAGGACCGGGUCACCAGCAUGAUCGGCGCGACUGUCUUGGACGGCAAGACGAGCACGUAUGCGGCGAAGUACUUCACGAAUUUCUUGGUGGAGCUAGGGUACCGCAGGAUCAUCUUGAAGAGCGACAACGAGCCUGCGUUGUUGAAACUGCGCAGGGAGGCUGUGAAGGACAUGCAGAUCGAAGUUGUGCCACGGGAGUCGCCUGUGAGCGAUCACCAGGCCAAUGGUGCGGCUGAGAGUGGCGUCCGCGAGGCUAAGAAGGGCAUCCGUGCCCUCAAGACGUCCACCGAAGACCGGUAUGGAAGGAAACUCGCUGAGGACCACGUGCUCCUAGCGUGGCUUGCGCGGCACGUGGCUCAGACGUCCAAUCGGUACAAAGUCGGUGAGGACGGACGUACGCCGGUGCAGCGGUCAACUGGCAGGCGGUGGAAGAAACCGGCAUUCUUGUUCGGAGAGUGCAUUAUGGCGAGGCUGGCGGUGACUAGGGCUGGCAAGCGCGACUACGAGAACAUCAUGAUUCCGGGUGUGUACGUCGGCCAUUCUGCACGGUCAGGCAGCCUUAUUAUCUUGACGGAGGACGGCGUUCGCUACGCGAAGUCGUUCCGGCAGCGACCCCACGGUGCCGCUGGGGCCCAGGAAGGGCUCAAGAGGGACGUGUACAUCACAGCCAAGAUGACGGAGAAGUACGGCCUGACGCCGGAGUGCCCGGCCUGCACGGAGAUAUUUUUCGGAGGUUCGACCAGGCAGGGCCAUGCACCGACGUGUCGUUCACGGAUCGUGGAGGCGAUGGAGAAGGACCCGGACGGUCGUCUCCGGCUAGCGGCGGCGAGAAAACGGAAGAAGGCUUCGACGGCAGCGCCAGAUGCCAAGCAGGAGCCUGAGGUGGAGGACGCCGUGCGCGAGAAGCCGGAGGAGGAGCAGGAGGAGGUGGACAUGACUGUGGAGGAGGGCAUUGGAGGAGAGAUGUUGGAGGAUGCGCCGGAGGUUAGGACAGCCAUCGAGCGCAGGACCAGCGAGCUCGAAAGCGAGGCCGGCAUCCCCGGGACCUCGGAAGAGACCGGCCGGAGUGCCCCUGGAGGAGCCAUGGCUGGGACGAGUGGCAUCUCAGAAAAAUCGGCGCCGGCGGUGGGCCAGGCGCACAAUGCAGACGUGGGUGCGUUCUCUGCGUACAAGGACAAGUACUUCGCAGAGACGGUUAAGCACGUGACGGAGUUUUACACCGGCUCGGAGUUCGAGGGCGACUCUGAGGGCAUCCGGGGGGUAUCCCGGAUAGCAGUCGAGAUGUCCGCAAUGGACGUCAGUGAGGUCUUUUCCCGAGGCAAUCGUCGUCUUGGACUUCGUGCAGGUUUCGCCAUUGAUUUACAACUUCAGCGACCUGACGGGCAGUUCUGGGACCUUUCACGGGAUGAGGACAUAGACAUGUUAGAUAAGCUCCAGGACAAGUACAAGCCUGAGGUGUUGAUCGGGUGUCCAUCGAGCACUGUGUUUUCGAGGCUUCGGUCGCCAUCGAGAGUAAACUUGGACCCAAACACCGUGAGCCUAGAGAUGCAGGACGGCCGGAGGCACUUGAGAGCGAGUGUCGACGCGUACCGGAAGCAGAUCAAGAUGGGCAAGUUGUUCUUGCAUGAGGUUCCUGGGAUUACCACCUCCAGGGACGAGGACAUCAUGGCGGAGCUGGAGAACAUGCCGGGAGUGUACAAGGUGGCCGGUCCCAUGUGCAAAUGGCGGCUGGCAGGCACCAUCCAGAGCGGAAGAUCUGGAUACGUGCGCAGAGAAACGUCGUGGUUAACGAACUCGCGAGAGUUGGCCGCUAUGCUGCAGGACGAGCGUGUGAGCCUGCAGGGCAAGAGUGGUUGGUAUCGGCAUGUACGUCCAGUUGGUUUCCAGAAGGUGAGGUCUACGCAGAUAUAUCCGCCGAGGCUGAUGUAUGCGAUUUUACGUGUGGUUCGUGAUCAGCUUGUUCACCGGAUGGAGUUGUCGAGUAUGGACAUCUGCACGGCUGGGCCCAUAGCUGAGGAGCCGGAGGUGUACAGCGACGAACAGUGGAAGACGUAUUACGACGACGUCAACGGCGGGAUUCUACCGACGAGGUUGGUGGAGGACGCUAGGCAGUUGGAGCGGGACUGGGUUGCCAAGGAGGGCGUGUACACCAAGGUCCCGCGGGAGGUCAUGGAGAGCGAGGGCGCUACUGCGAUUCCGCUGCUCUGGAUUGACACCAACAAGGGCGACGCUAAUAAACCUGUCGUGCGUUCUCGAUUGGUCGUGAUGGAGGCCACGAAGGGCAAGAAGGCGAAGUUCGAGCAGCUGAGUCCGGAGAAGUUGUUCUCCGCCAUGCCGUGGUUGGAGGCUUUGAAGCUUCUCUGCAGUAUCCAGGCGACGCAACAGCGGAGUUCCAGGGGCGCCGAGCUCAAGCUAGCGUUCUGGGACAUCUCGCGGGCGCACUUCAUGUCGAAGUGCGAGCGGAGGCUGUUUGUCAAGUUGCCAGAGGGAGAUCCCGACAGACACACUCAUGUUGGGCUGCUUCAGAGGACCAUGUACGGAACUCAGGACGCAAGCCACCUGUGGCAGAAGAACUACACCGACCUUUUGGCUAAGAAGGGUUACGUUCCUGGGAAGACGAACCCAUCUAUAUUCUACAACCCAUUUGAUGGAUCGAGGCUUUUCGUCCACGGAGAUGAUUUUGUUCUCUUGGGUGAUCAACGUUCAAUUACGGAAAUGGACACGCUGUUAAAUUCUAAGUUCACUUGCAAGCACGUGGCAACGCUUGGCACGGAGGCAGGUGACUCCCAGGAGGCGUGCAUCUUGAACCGGAUUGUUCGUAUCACGGAGGACGGUAUUGAGAUCGAAGGGUUGGGCAAGCAGAGACAUGUCAAUACACGUUAUCUGUGGCUACAAGAUAGAGUGGCGAGCGGCGACAUUCGGAUCGUGAAGGUUCGGACUACCGAGCAGAUGGCCGACCCUCUGACGAAGGCGAUGGCCGUCGGCAUGAGGGACCCUUUGCUUACGACAGCCGGCUUGGUCUUCGACUCGAGCAGGGCCGUGACUCAGAAGGGACUUCUGGCCUGA